AUGAGCAGCCUCCAGGCGGUUGUUGUGCACUACGGCUCGCGCGCAUUGCUGGUUGUAGGAAUCCUCGUCCUUCGGAAGCUCAGCCUGGGAAGGGCGAGAAGGGCUCAACAGCGACCAGGACAAGAAAGCCCAAGAUUCAAAAUAAUCAAACCUGUGGAAUACAGAGCAGACAAUCCCAGCUAUCUUUCAUCGUUUUGGCAGCAAGUGGCACUUGGGAAGCAUGACAAUGGACACGCAACUUGCCCACUUGUUGAACAGCACAAGGCCAAGAUUGAUGCAUUGGCGCCUAGCUUAACCAGUGAAGAGACAAGCUUAAAGGGGUUGUUUGCACUGGAAGAUGGCACAACACACCUGAAUCAUGGCAGCUAUGGAGCCGCUUUCAGACUGGUUCUGGAUGUGCAGUCUUGGUACAGGGACAGGAUGGAAGCAGAGCCAACAAGGUUCAUGGAGACAGAAUUUUUCCCAGCAUUGCAUUCUGCUCUGGUGCAGCUAUCAGAUUUCAUUGGAGUGCAACCACAGGAUGUGGUUCCCAUGCACAACGCCACCAGUGCUGUUGCCACUGUGGUGAACUCGUUGGUCGUGGGUCCAGGGGACCUUGUCCUCAUGACAACAAUGACCUACCCUGCGGUCAGGAGCACGCUGGCGCGUUUUGCAGCUCACAAUGGGGCAAAUCUCUUGGAGGUAGAACUGAACAAGGAAACGUUGUCAAGCCCGAAUUCCAUUCUCGAGGCAUUCAAAGCCGCGCUUCAAGGCAGGCGCCGAGUGAGACUUGCGGUCUUGGACCAUGUGUUGUCUUUCCCUCCAGUGGUGAUGCCUCUGGAUGGAUUGGUCCCCAUCUGCAAACAGGCAGGUGCAAAGGUGCUUGUUGACGGUGCCCACGGAAUUGGGGCUUUGGCCCCAAAUAUCCCUCAGCUGUGUGUGGAGUUUUACACAUCUAAUCUUCACAAGUGGAUGUGCACCCCCAAAGGUACAGCGUUUCUUUGGGUCGCGCCUGAGGAGCAGUCCCGAAUACGGCCUCUCGUAACAUCACAUGGCUGUGGAUUGGGAUUCCAACCGGAGUUUGCCUGGUCUGGUACGGAUGAUUGGACAGGCUGGCUGGCAUUGCCGGCUGCCAUUGCCAUUUUCAAUCAGCUCAAGCCCAACAGCAUCAGGGAGCACAACAGGAGGCUUGUGAGCUCAGCCGCGAAACUUUUGCUUGAGCGUUGGGGUACGAGUCGCCUUUAUGGCGUCAAUUCUGUGGGAUAUAGUGCUGGAAUGGUGGCUGUGGAAUUGCCGGAGAGCCCAGGAGUUGCCAGUUGCAGGGAAGGGGCGGAACAACUGCACAGAACCUUGCGAAGCCGCUUCAAAAUUGAGGUUCCGACAUUUUGGUGGGAAGGAGUCAUGUGGGUGCGCAUUUCUUCUCAUUUGUACAACACCAUUGAUGACUACGAGGCGCUCGCAAAGCCAGCACCAGUCCCCCAGACGACCUGCACCCCUCGCCUCGCUGCCCGACUACCUCGCAAAUCGACCACUCUGCCCAAGACACCCUUCCGCGGCAGCCCUACAGCAAGGAUGGCCACGCGACCCCGUUGGGGAGACGACGAAGAUGAGGACGUCGCCGACAUCCUGCCAAACAAGGAGGAGAGGGGGCCCGACGAGAACGGCAUCAAAACAACUGUGGAGUAUUUCAGAAACGACAAAGGGGAGGCAAUAAAGCGGACGACAAAGGUCAAGGUGGUGGCGGUGCAGCAGAAGGCGUACACGAUUUCUGAUGAGCGCAGAAAAUGGAAAAAAUUCGGAGCAGCUGCAAGCGGCAAUGAAGGUAUCACUAACAAAGCCCUGGAGGAGUUCCCAUUUGAGUCAACAAGGAAGCAAAAGCAGUCGCUGCAGGAGAAGAAGGUGACAGACCUCAAAGAUGCCCUCAAGGGUGCAGAUAACCAGACGAUUGUGGGAAGUUUGAAGGACAUGCUCUACAAGAGGAGGAUGGAAAGGGAGCUCAGGAGGGCCAAAGGCCUUCUGGAGGACCCAGAACUGCCCCCAUCAGAGGAUGACCCUUCUGGGGCACCAAGUUUGAAACCUGGUUCCUAUGUUCCCCCCAACCAACGUGGUAACCGUGUAGGGGCUGCACCCCCAGAAGCACCCCGGCGGUACAACGACAACUCUGUGCGAGUUACCAACCUGGCGGAAGAAGUUACUGAGGGCGAUCUUCAUGAGUUGUUUGCUCCGUUUGGGGCAAUCUCUCGUGUUUUCCUUGCGCUUGACCGUGAAACUGGGAGGAGCCGUGGCUUUGCAUUCAUCAACUAUGUCAGGAG